UUGAACUAUUAUUACUGUGAGUCAACAAUUCAAGAUCCAUCUCAUCGUCAUCAUCUGCAAUUCCUUUCUUUCCAGAAUCAUCUAUGUUUUUCUCUUUUAACUUCGAACGUGUCAAGGUAUUCAGAACAACUCCGAUUCUGAUGUCAACAGAUCUGAUUUCUUUUUGCAUUUUAGUAAUUCCUUUCUUAAUUUUCUGCAGAGGAGAAGUAUCUGAAAUUUUCGAUUGAUUUUCUUCCAUUUUCUUUAAACAGUUCAAAUAAAAGGGUAAAAACUCAAAUUGCACCUAGAAAUAGAGCAAUUCCUAUUGCUUUAUUUUUUUCAUCUUUGAGCAUCAGCAUAGUCGCCCACUAAAUGGAUAAGAUAAGAGGCAUACAUAAAAUUAUCCAAAAUACAACAUAUAAAACUCAGCCUGUUUUUAAAAUUUUUGAUUUUGAUUAACAAAUUCUUCCUCUCCUAUUCUGUAUAGGCUGAUCAAAGCUUUUGCAUUUCCAAAAUUCAGAUAUAAGAUAAUUCUGGAGGUUUGAAAUCCUUCCUUGAGCUCUAUCAAGUAGCACAAUGACCAAAGAUGAGGUUGCCAUGAAUAAAACUCCUAAGAUUAACCAAUUGAAAUCCCAUCCAAUUAUUAUUAUAUC